CCUCAGAGCAGCGGGGGGGCAGCCUGCCAGGCAGUGAGGCUGCAGGAGCGCAGGGUUUCCGGGCAGCUCUGCGGACAUGGAUGUGUUCCAGAAGGUGGAGAAGAUCGGAGAGGGCACCUAUGGGGUGGUGUACAAAGCCAAGAACAAGGAGACAGGCCAGCUCGUGGCCCUCAAAAAGAUCAGGCUGGAUUUGGAGACUGAGGGUGUCCCAAGCACCGCCAUCAGGGAGAUCUCCCUACUCAAAGAGCUUAAGCACCCCAACAUUGUCAGGCUGCUGGACGUGGUGCACAGCGAAAAGAAGCUUUACCUGGUGUUUGAGUUCCUCAGCCAGGACCUGAAGAAGUACAUGGACUCCACCCCGGCCUCCGAGCUCCCCCUGCACUUAGUCAAGAGCUACCUCUUCCAGCUGCUGCAGGGGGUGAACUUCUGCCACUCCCAUCGGGUCAUCCACCGAGACCUGAAGCCCCAGAAUCUGCUCAUCAAUGAGUUGGGUGCCAUCAAGCUGGCUGACUUUGGACUGGCUCGAGCCUUCGGGGUGCCCCUACGCACCUACACCCACGAGGUGGUGACACUCUGGUAUCGUGCGCCCGAGAUCCUCUUGGGCAGCAAAUUCUAUUCGACAGCUGUGGAUGUCUGGAGCAUUGGUUGCAUCUUCGCAGAGAUGGUGACCCGCAGAGCCCUGUUUCCUGGCGACUCUGAGAUUGACCAGCUCUUUCGUAUCUUUCGGACCCUGGGGACACCCAGUGAAGCCAUAUGGCCAGGAGUCACCCAGCUGCCUGACUACAAGGGCAGCUUCCCCAAGUGGACCAGGAAGGGGCUGGAGGAGAUUGUGCCCAGUCUGGAGCCAGAGGGCAAGGACCUGCUCACGCAACUCCUGCAGUACGACCCGAGCCGGCGGAUCUCAGCCAAGGCCGCCCUUGCCCAUCCGUACUUCUCGUCCACCGAGACCUCCCUGGCCCCGCGCCAGUGUAUGCUGGAGCGAUUCUGCCGCUGAGGACGUUUGAGGCCCCCCCCCGCCCCCCGCCUCAAAGCCUCUCUCCAGCUGCUGCCCUACCCUGCUGCCCCACCCGCCUCCCCACCCACUUCCCAAGAACGAGGACACACCUGGGGAGAGAGCAGUUGGGCAUCAGCUGUCAGAGGGCUGAGUCUGGGUUCGUCCCGCCAGCAGGUUAGCGAGUUCCUGUGUGGUUUGUUGGGUUUGACCGCCAAUUCAAGGUGAGAGCGCAGAAGCCCCGUGCACGAAGGGCCCGUCAGCGGCCGGGUCUGCUGGCGCCGGAACAGCAGGUGCCAAGGAGAGCAGGAAGCCUGCCCGGGCCGCCAGCAAGGCCCUCCUGGUGCCCUUCAGCUGCCCAGCCUUCAGUUGCAGAGCCAGACCCUGAGAGGGAGGGUUCCCCUGGCUGGUCUUUUGGAUUUAAAAUGUUUUGGGGAAGAGUUGAGUUCCAGUUAAGAGUCCCAAGUUAAACAGGAAGCAGGGCUGGGGAGAGAGGACAUUCUCCUGAUCCUGGGAGAGGUCCGGUGUGUGGCUGUUCUAAGUAGUUGUUCUGUCACCUAGGAUAUGCUUACGUUUGUUUGCCUCUGGCUUUAAGAACAGAAAAUAAAACUGAUAUGUUCCUGAA